AUGGCACGACUGCCCUCCUUACAGGAGUCUAGGUGCAUGAAAAACGAGCCCCGAUUGGGUCACACUUUGUUGAAAACUGCGAGAGCGACAUUUUAUUACGAUCCGUCGGGGCGACCGAUUACUGGCACUCGUGUCCUUCCUGGUGAUUACAUCUCGGAAUUGUCAAUGGCCAAUCCCGUCCAUGCAUCGACCAACCCCAAUUUCCCCAGUGGCCGGCCACAAUCGGGGAAUCUUGAUGAAGGUACUCUCGAUACUAUCAGCAGUCGUGGUGGGCGAGUGACCAAACCAUCGUCGCCUCGCACAAGUGUAGCGCGCACGGACAGACUGCGCCGCAAACAUCAUUCUCAAACGCCGCGGGGUCGGCGGACACCAUCAAGUCAACUAGUUCACUAUGAAGAAUCGUCAGGACUGUCAAUAUCAGCGGAUCUCAAUUAUUCACACAGUUAUGGAAGUCCGCGGUUAGAGUUGAAGAGAAUUCAUUCAAGUCCAGUGGUGUUACCGAACCCAAAUGGGAGGCCAGAUGGUGAUGUGAGCAGGGUCUUAAAUGAAUUUUUACCAUUAGUGGAGGACAAAAGUCUCGCUUUGAGAUAUGAAUUUCCUGGGCUGAAUCAAUUGAAGGACAUCCAACCGAAGGGUGAGACGCAUUAUGACAUGGUGAAACAGUUGAAGACUAAUCCAAUUACCCAUGAGCAAUUGGUCCCCGAGGUGCGCGGCAUCUAUCGAGGACUUGCAAUGGUCGAGGAAAAAUGUAUAAAAUUGGACAAGGAGCAAUCCGAAUCAAAGGAGGAUUUGAAGCCGGUUCAAUGGCAGGCUCUAAUCUCUAUACAUUCCACACUACUCCACGAGCAUCAUGAUUUCUUCCUCUCGUCGCAACACCCUGUCGCUAAAAGUGAACUUACGGAACUCGCCGAGAAAUACUCAAUGCCGGCUCGCAUGUGGAGAUAUGGGAUUCACUCCUUACUCGAGUUACUACGACACAAGCUCCCGGGCUCUUUGGAAUACAUGCUGCAUUUCAUAUACAUCGCGUACAGCAUGGUCACCUUGUUAUUGGAAAAUAUUCCAUAUUUCAGGGAGACAUGGAUUGAAUGCCUAGGGGACUUGGCGCGAUAUCGUAUGGCUAUUGAGGAAUCGGACAUGAGGGACCGGGAGGUCUGGGCAACAGUUUCGCAAUAUUGGUACAAUCAAGAAGCAGAUCUAAGUCAUGAUGUUGGACGUGUUCAGCAUCAUCUUGCUGUGCUUGCUCGUCCUGAUGCUCUGGCUCAACUUUUUUACUACACAAAGGCGUUGCUCUGUCGGCGCCCAUUUUACAAUGCCCGUGAAAGUAUCGCCCUUCUCUUCAAUUCUAUCCGCGAGCAACAACGACAAGAACCGAUGCCUGUGGCCUUGAUCGCUACCCACGGUGUUCUAUUCCAUAACAAGACCUCUGAAGAAUUCACUGUCCUCGCAAACAACUACCUGACUCUUCUGCGAAAGGAGAUUCCUCAGCUUGAUAUACAGGGACAGGGGGGGGCCUUUAUGAUGUCUAGUAACUUUGCGGCAGUUUUUAAAUACGGCGAACCGGAGAAUGACCUAGCUUUAGAAUACUCACGGCAAAAGACUCAAGCUACAGCCGAGGAAACAUAUCAAUUGGCGCUUCAAUGGACUUCCCCCGCGUCUUACGGUGACAAUUAUCUCGAAUCGAUACCCAACCCUGUCGAAGUCACAUCUAAGAUAUCCUCGCCGGUUGCUUUUAAUGGAAGUGCUCUCACUUUCCAUUCUAUGGCUGUCUUUCUGGAUCACAUAGGAACCCCCAGUUCUUACGCAGGUAUCCACACUGGGUUAUCAUUCGUGUGGUCUCUAGCCAUUCAUCCACUAGCGAUGGAAAAGAUUGAGCCGAUGAUCCCAUGGCUAAAGAUCGUCCGGUUUCUGAACACACUACUCCAUCUCGAGACAAAUUUCGAAAUGAUUGAAGGACCAACCCAUCCCAGGUUCUUGAGGGAAAAUGAGAACAUUAGGACACGAAAUAAUUUUAGGAUAGAGCAGGAAAGGAGGGAGAGAGUGACUGGGGAAAGGAGUGAAAAGCAGGAUGGAAAAUUGGAGCCAGAGAUUCCAGAUCACCUGCCUGAGGAUUUCUUAAUCCGUGGUCAGGUGUGGAGUGAAUUAUAUUAUCCAGAGGGGUUUUUUGAAGGGGGACCUUUAGAGCAUGACAGAUCUUUUGUUGAACCAAAGCUGCUAGGACUUGUGAGACGGCAUCGAUGUCUUUGGCUAGGCGUCCGGCUAUCAACGUUUAAUCGUUGGAUCACAUAUGACCGUUUUAGGCCAAAUGUCUUUGAAGCUACGCCACUGACAAAGAGAUAUGCGCUAUUCGCGGAAACGUGCGGCGGACUGGACAGCAGCCCUCCGCAAAAGGAGACUGGGAAGUUUACACAGGAAACGGCUGAUAUGGAUUUUGAAAUGGGAGGAGCGUGA